AUGGACAGGACGCAUUACAUUGUUACAGAGAGGGAGCAUGAGGCUGUGACAACUAUCAAUCUGACUGACAAUCUGACUGACACCUUGGACAACACAUCAGGAAAUGGAGACAAAGCCAAAGUCACUAGCCACACAAAGGAAAUCACUGCUGGUGUUCUGGUUAUCUUGGUUCUGCUGCUGGGCUUUACUGGUUUCUUAGCGUACAGAUAUGGCUACAUUCCUUGGAGAAACAAACAUCCAUUUGCUCUUGCACAGCUAGCUCGGCUGGGUCGGGACUACCUUAACACCAACAGGGAAAACCAGAGGGACAACGGAGAUCCUGAUGUUCCAGCUGCUGAGGACGCUGAGGCUCUCCGAUCUGUGCUUGUCGUUGGCAGGGACCAGGGGGAUGGGGUGGAAGAGGAGAGGGAGCCACCACACAGUCAGGAGACACAUGUUGAGUCCUCUCUGCUGAAUGGGCAUCUUGUGAACAGCAGUCAAGGAGAGAGAGGUGAGCCAAGCGAGAGGUUCGUUCAGCCAAUGGGCAGUGAGGGAACAGAUACUGAAUUCUCUCAGAAGAGACAUGCUGGAUUUCCUCUGGUCAAUGGAAACCAUAAGGCCAGGGUUAACGAUGAGACUAAGGAAGUGACUCCUGGUGCACAGAGUCCAGGACCUCCUCAGAUGAAUGGAGGACCUCCCAUGUCUGACAGGUUGGAGAACAACCAUGUUGGUCAGCGGAUGAAGAAAACUGCUCUGGUGAACAAGCAGGACCAGGACUGGUUAACAAUGCCAUGAAGCCAGUUGAAAAUAUAUAGCAUAUAAGAUGAAACUAAGUGUAAAUAUAAUACAAUAUAACAUGAUAUACACUGUAAUAUAGAACAGUAUAAUAUAAUAUGACAUUAUAUAAUAUCGUAACACUUACUUGAAGCUGCUUCUUGUAUAGUGUUAUAUAUUCUAAUGAAUGCAUUCUUAACAACAUGAAUGAUGCAUUAAUGCAUACAUUGGACAUAACUGUAUAGUAAAAUGCUAGUAUAAUACUGUGCUGGUAAGCUGCUAGCUGUGGGGUUGCCCCCAGCUGUGGUUUCUGUUAUUCAGAGAAUCUACGCUCAACUGUGGUUCAAAUCCAUAGUUUUUAGCUUAGUUGUUACCGUAAACUAGCACUUCUUAGAGACAAAGUUAUGGAAAAUGCUGUAUAACUACUUACCAUUCUGAAGUGUAACAGUCAGGUUUUUAUGUAACAAUUGUUAAUAGCUUUUUUAACUGUUUAUUUAUAUAUUUGUUUGAUUUUAUUGAAUUAGUAUGACUAAUGCUUCAAUGACCAUGCAUUAUUUUACCCUCCCGUAUAGACGGAUAUUAUUUUACCCUCCUGUAUAGAGGGAUAUUAUUUUACACUCCCGUAUAGAGUGAUAUUAUUUUACCCUCCCGUAUAGAGGGAUAUUAUUUUACACUCCCGUAAAAAGGGAUAUUCUUUUACCCGCCCGUAUAGAGGGAUAUUCUUUUAGUGACUAAAACAUUUUCCAUUAUUUGUAUCCAAAAUAUAUUUAAUUAAAUCAUAUAAUUUUCUUCUCA